AUGAAUUUAGUUGUAUGGAACUGUAGGGGCGCCUUGAAGCCCAAUUUUCAAGACUAUGUUCAUGAUCUUGUCCGACAACAUGAUCCAGCUAUUUUUGUGGUGACUGAAACCCAUGUUGGAGGUGCUAGAGCUCGGGAUAUCACAGACAAAUUACCGUUUGAUGGUGCUAUUCACACCGAGACUAUUGGUCGAGCGGGGGGAUUGUGGUUAUUGUGGAAUUCUGACAGAGUUGAUGUGUCCUUUCUGGCUAACUCAGAGCAAGAAAUUCACUCCACAGUUAAGGUACGCUCCUCUAAUUUUAGUUGGAUGCUCUCUGCUGUGUAUGCUAGUCCUAGACGUGUUGAGAGAAGUAUUUUGUGGAACAAUCUUUCUAAUAUAGCUGAUCUUCAUAAAAUGCCUUGGGUCAUUACGGGAGAUUUUAAUGAGCCUCUUACUGGUGCGGAUAAGUUUGGUGGUAGAGCGGUUAGUGUUAAUCGAGCCCUGGCUUUCAAGGAUUGUUUAGAUAAAUGCAAUAUGGUGGAUUUAGGAUUCUCUGGUCCGAGAUUUACUUGGACUAAUGGCCGGGAAAUUCAGGACCUUAUACAGGAAAGGAUUGACAGAUUUUUUGUCAAUCCGGACUGGUAUAGAAUUUACCCGGAAGCUAGAGUAACGCACCUCACUAGAAGUCACUCCGAUCAUUGCCCAGUGCUCCUAGAAACAAUGCCUCAAAGAAGAAUACACCUUGACCGUCCUUUCAAAUUUCAGAGAUAUUGGCUUUCGGAUUUAUCCUUUCCAAAGGUUGUGUCUCAAGCCUGGAGGCAGCCUACUCAACUUCAUGAAGCUAUUCAGACAUUUGCUACUAAUGCUACUAUAUGGAACAGGAAUCAAUUUGGCAACAUUUUUUCUAAGAAGAAUAGGAUUAGAGCUCGCCUAAAUGGGCUUCAAAGGAUUAUUGCUAUUAGGCCUUCGAGCUAUUUGUUAGAGCUUGAAAGAAAUCUGAAUCAAGAGUUGGAAGAAAUUCUUAAUCAAGAACACGACUUGUGGGCUCUCAAAUCUCGGCUGAAUUGGAUGGUGCAAGGGGAUCGUAACACGGCCUUCUACCAUGUAUCUACUUUAGUGAGGAGAAAUAGGAACCGGAUCACUGCUAUAAAAAAUAGUGUGGGGGAAUGGAUAAUGAAUGAGGCGGAGGUGAUGGAUUUUAUUCGUAGGGGGUUUUGUGAUAUUUAUUCUUCUUCCCACAAUACUUCUAAGUGGUCAGCAAGGCCUAUCCAAUCAGGGCAGGCUUGUUUGAAUAUGAGGAAAGAGAUAGUUUAUGGUCCAGGGUGA